AUGAGCUGUUCCCUGAUCCUCGUUCCGGUCCCGAUCCCCGACUUCGCCAAACCGGCUCCUCCAAACUGCUGCCACUCGCUGGCCAGCCAAAGGCAGUCGCUCCCCACGAUAUCCCCGCCUGUGACUCCCAUUGACAAGCUUGUGAGUGCAGUCACUUUACAGCGGCGCGCUAACAAUCAGAUGUGGCGGGACGUCGUCUUGCCUAGUCUCAAGAGUACACCCUCACGCAGGAGCCAGCAAGAAACUAGUCAACCCGCCCAGGUCGAUAAGGAGCACUGCCUGGCGCCUAACGGAAGCAGUUCAGCCUGGCGGCCACCCUUUCGCUCCCAGUCCAAUGUGCCCUCGCGCGACGUCCAAGGUUCACUGAUCGCGACCCAUGACAAGGUCCCAUUCGGAGAUGCCCCGGAAAGGAUCCAGAAGAGCCCUGUGCCCAAGCUGCUGGUCUCGCGUCCAACCCCGUUGGGCCGCAUAGAUGAGGAGAACGUUACUUCCGGAACUGCUCGUGGAGAUGAGAGCCCAGCUGAAGCUGAUGCUGCCCUCCACGAGCCAAUCCAAGAGUGGCCGAUGCCCAGCGGUGUCUGGGCUGAUGACUAUGGCGAUGACGACGUUGUGUCCGAUGUCUGGCGGCGAGUAUUCAGUAAUGAGAUCCGGAACCUCGAGCUCCGAAGCAUAGUCAAGAACUGGCCUGCAGCUACGGGCUAUUGGGCUAGCAGCCUGCGUUACGACGAAAGUAUUAGCUGGCCCGAGGACUGGUGUGACCCGGUUACAGCUGUGGCGCUUCUUGAAAGGGAAGACGGAGUUGAGUUCCGAUCUAUGCCUGAAGGGCAGCCAAAGUCCAGCGGGAGGAAGGGCAAGAAAAGAAAGAGGAAAAAUAACAGAUGGAGGGGAAGCAGGCGUGGGUGA